AUGUCGCCCACUGCGUCGCCACAGAAACAGCGACAGCCCGCCUCGGGUGAGCUGAGCACCGAGGGUACGGCUAAGGCCGGUGCUUGCUUAGGUCUUGAGAAGCCCCUGAACCAUCAGGAAAAGCAGGAGUCCCGCACGGCGUCUAUCACCCGCCGCUCCGGUAUGCUGCCUACUCCGGUCAAGACGCCUAAGAAGCCACCUACCGAAGCCCAAGCCGCCAGCAUCCAGGCAGUGGCGCGCAACCUCUUUUCAGGUGACGAUGAUACGGCGCGUCUUCAAAGUGCGCGCAAGAAACGUGUGCCGAAGAAGUAUACCGGUAUUUCCAUGGACAGCUUCAAAGCCGAGCAAGUUGAGGAACCCAUUCAAAUCUACACAGACUCCCGCGAUCGCGUUCCAGAGGUCGACACCAGUGCUGAAAACCCUUUCUACGGCAAUAACGAAACUGCCCGCCCCGAACCUCGUCUGCGCCGCAGCAAACGUAAUGUCGUUGUCCCCGGCGAAGGCUCCCAGGAUAUUGAUGAGGCUUUGGAGCGCGAGGACGGCAUGGUUUUUGUCUUCCGCGGCAAGAGGGUGUUUCGCAAAUUUGAUGCAACCGACGAGGACGAGGAAGGCGCAGAGGGCCCACGGACCCUUACCCGGUCAUCUAUCAAGCCCCGGCGCCUUUUCCAGACUGCCGAGAAAGUCACCCCAGAGGAGGAGGAGGCGCUGACCGAUAUUGAGGACCAUGAUGACAUGGAAGAGACUGAGGAAGAAGCACCUGGAACUCCGGAUGUCGAAAAGUGCGCCCCAUCAACUCCAUCUGCUCCCCGGUUUGGCCCUGCCACUCCUCCUGACACGCGGCGGACUACUCGAUUCGGCCCAAGGGCUGGGGAAGCAACCCCUUCGAAAUCCAUGCCCAAUUCCGGGCCAUUUUUUGAUUGGCCUCGCGUGAAGAACCGUUCGUCGAGCGAGGACCGUGUUCCGAAGCGGUCUGCAGACUCCAACUUGACGGCGUCCGAUUCGAAGCGCAGCCGUGCCAUCUAG